AUGAAACCGCAACAAAUGGAAACCAUCCUAACCAACCUCAUUGCUCACUAUGAAGCUGAAAAACUAUCAAUCAAGAACAUGCAGGAUGAAUGUUGGGAACACCAAAGCUACAAGAAGGAACUGAUGACAGAGAUGGACUCCAAACCAUCGUAUGAAAACUACAUGAGGAUGCAGAAGCUAGUACUUGACAACAACUAUGAGACUGCAAAAAUGUUGAAGGCCAUGCAGGAAAUGGAAAACAAAUAUGACGAACUUAUCAACAAUCUCAAAAAAGAAAUCAAGAGCCUCCCUGAAGACAAACACCCCUACGUGUAA